AUGGCUGGGAAUCAGAUGCAUAACAUGACAACCCUCAUAAAGAGGCUUGAGGCAGCGACCUCUCGUCUUGAGGAUAUGGCAAUGUCAUUCGAAGGAGCAAGCCCAACGAACCACGUCAACCUCGCGACUCCUGUACAACAAGCAGCCAUAAAACCCUCAACCCAAGCUCCUUCCCCCCCUACCCCGACACCCGAACCGGAUCCACCACAAAUCGAGGACUUUGAUGCAUUGAUUAAGAGCGACGUUCAAGCGUUCGUUGAUCUCGGAAAGCAAAUUGGAGGACUUGUUGGAGAACAGGCCGAGGCUGUUCUUCAAGCAUUCCAAGCCGAACGCACCUUUAUUCUCGUGACUACGAAAGCAAAGAGACCCGAACCAUUGGCCCCAGAACUCAUGACAGAACUCCAUAAAGCAUCCGAUACUAUCAACAACAUUCGCGAGUCCAACAGAUCUUCUCCGUUUUUCGACCAUUUCAGCGCUAUUGCUGAAGGUAUAGUUGCGCUGGGAUGGUUUUUUGAGCUUAAACCGGCGACCUUUGUCAGUGACAUGGUGGGCGGAAUUCAAUAUUAUGGUAACAAGGUAUUGAAGCAGUACAAGGAUAAAGAACCACUACAUGUUCAGUACAUUCAAGCAUACUACAAAGUCUUCAAGUCGCUUUCCGCCUACCUCAAUAAUCACUAUCGAACCGGCUUGACAUGGAACAAUAAAAGCGACCUCAGCGCUUUGGAAGCAUUGAAACAGAUUCAGUCUGGCUCAACCAAAGCAGCACCCGCUGCCCCUGCACCAGCGGCUGGUGCACCACCACCACCUCCCCCUCCCCCCCCUCCCCCUCCACCACCAGCUGACCUAGCUGUCCCUCCUGCAUCGCAACCCAAGGGAGGGGAUAUGAACGCGGUAUUUGCCCAGCUCAACCAGGGCGACUCCGUUACAUCAGGUCUCCGCAAGGUAGACAAGUCUGAGAUGACGCACAAGAACCCUAAUCUCCGAGCAGGAUCUACCGUUCCCGAGAGAUCUGACUCUCAGAGCAGCUUGGGAUCACCCCUCAACCGUGGAAAGUCGCCUGCACCCGGCAAGAAGCCCAAGCCAGAAAGUAUGCGGGCCAAGAAACCUCCCCGAAAGGACCUCGAGGGCAGUAAAUGGUACGUGGAACACUUCGACAACGUCUCUGACGUCGUCGAGAUCAACGCCCAACAAAACCAAUCCAUCCUCAUCUCCCGCUGCAACAAGACAAUCGUCAAAGUGAACGGCAAAGCAAACGCAAUCUCAAUCGAUAACUGCAGCGGCCUCUCUAUCAUCGUUGAGUCGCUGGUCAGCAGUCUGGAGGUGAUCAAAUCCACCAAAUUCGCGCUUCAAGUUGAUGGUGUUGUGCCCACUCUGCUUUUGGACCAGGUCGAUGGUGCUACUGUCUAUCUUUCUCCUGCAAGCAUCAAUUUGGAGAUUUUUACUAGCAAGACCACCGGAACGAAUAUCUUGUUGCCGCCCAAGGAAGGCACGGAUGACGAUACGACGGAGUGUCCUGUUCCGGAGCAGAUUAAGAGUUACGUCAAGAAUGGCUUGCUUGUUAGCGAGAUUGUUGAGCAUGCUGGUUAG